AUGUCCCGUAUUAUCUCUUCUUUGCGCCCUGUCAUGCGCUUGGCUACCUCCCAGGCCUCGACCCUCAUUCGCAUCCCUCGUUCCGCCGUCCCAGCUGUUCAGUCUGCAAAGGCAUUCCCUGCCUUGACUUCAUACCUCCAGAGGUCCGCUGGUUUCCACUCUCAGUCCACUGGCUUCCAGUCCGCUCUGUCUGCUUCCGUCCAAGUCGAGGAAACCGAGGAGGAGCUCCCUACUCGCUUCGAUGAGAUCGCUUCGUUGCACCCCAACACUGCCAAGGCCAUCAAGAGCGUCUUCAAGUACGAGACCAUGUCCAAGGUCCAAUCCGAGGUUCUCUCCCUACUUCCCACCGACACUGACAUGUUUGUCAAGGCCAAGACCGGAACUGGAAAGACCCUCGCCUUCUUGAUCCCCGCUCUCGAGACUGUUAAUGCCAAGUGCGACAAGAAGACCUUGGCCCGGGGUGACCUGGCCACUAUUUUGAUUGUCUCGCCUACUCGUGAGUUGGCCCAGCAGAUUGCCGACGAGGCCCGCAAGUUGGCCACCUCUCACCGCUUCAACGUUCACUGCCUUGUCGGAGGCGAGUCCAAGGGCCAGCAGAUUCGCCAGUUGAACAACAAGCGUGUUGAUAUCGUUGUUGGAACCCCUGGUCGUUUGAACGACAUGAUUGAGAGCGUCAGAGAGUUCCGUGAGCAGUUGGAGGGUGUCAAGACUUUGAUUUUGGAUGAGGCUGAUCAGUUGUUGGACAUGGGAUUCAAGGACAGCAUUGAGAGCAUUGUGGCUGCAUUGCCCAAGGAGCGCCAGACUUUGUUCUUCUCGGCCACCGUUUCGAAGCAGAUCAAGGCUAUUGCCAGAACCUCGCUCAAGCCCGACUUUACCUUCAUCGACACUGUGGACCCCAACGAAGCCAACACCAACUUGCAGGUCAACCAGUCCUUCAGUGUCACCCCUUACGAGCAGCAGUUGCCUCUCUUGACCCGCAUCAUUGAGGAUCACAAGAAGGAGAACCCCAACGGCAAGGUCAUGGUCUUCUUGCCCACCACCCGUGGUACCCAGCUCUAUGCAUCACUCUUUGAGGAGUUGACCUCCUACCGUUUGUUCUCGCUCCACUCCAAGAAGUCUCAGGAACAACGCACCAGAACUUCAGACCGUUUCCGCAAGAGCAAGAGUUCGAUUAUGUUUACCUCUGAUGUGUCUGCUCGCGGAGUUGACUACCCUGAUGUCUCGCUCGUUAUCCAGGUCGGAAUCCCUUCUUCCAAGGAGCAGUACAUUCACCGUGUCGGACGUACAGGUCGUGCAGGAAAGACUGGCGAGGGUAUCUUGAUGAUCACCCCCAUGGAGAAGAGCUUCCUCAACACCAUGUCGGACUUGCCCUUGACCAUUAAUGAGACUUCGAAGCAGAUUAACGAGAUUAUGGAGGAUGCCCAGCUGAUGGAUAAGUUGGCUGUUGCCAAGCAGGCCCAGGAUCCCGAGAUGAUUCACGACGCCUUCACAGCCUACCUUGGAUACUAUACCGGACGUACUGAUGUCCUCACCUGCCCUAAGCGCGAUAUCCUCGACAAUGCCAAGGAGUACGUAACUAGUCUCGGUGCUGAUGAGCCUCCUCACCUCAGCGAGGCCUUCUUGAGCAAACUUGGAUUGAACCAGAGAUCGUCCAGAUCAUCGUCCUCCUCCCGUGGCGGAUACUCUCGUGGUCGCGACAAUGGCCGUGACAACAACAGCCGAGAUCGCUCUUCAUCCAGAUAUGGCCGCGACAGAGAAUACGGCAACAGCAACAGCAACAGCAACGGCUACAGCAGUGGUCGCCGGACAUUUGACCGCAACGACAACAACAGGAACGAUCGCGGCCGCGACCGCAAAGAGUUCUCUGAUCGUUUCUUCUCCAAGGACUAA